UGAGGUUAGUUGACCUUUUAUUCCACAGCUGACCGAGUAAUUAACUCACCUUCUCAAAUACCCCAAUGAAACAUUCCAAGGCCUUGCUUUCUCUAAUUUACUAGAUCUCUAUAUCAGACCGCAAGGAGAUUAAUUAAGCUCCUCUAUCUCCCCCUUCAAUCAUCAUGCAAUUAGCAGUCGAAUGCGAUACCAAUCUCGCACUCUCAAUAGGCAGAGGAGAAGAGAAGCCCUCCGAUUGUCUCGCCUUCUUCCCGAGCAGCCAAGAGGGCGAAGAGGCAGACGGUCGAGCCAGGAAGCGGCCGCAAAGUGCGUCGAGAUCGGAGGACACUGAAGAAGAAGAAGAAGCCAAGAAGGCGAGCAGGAUGAAGAAGCUGAGGCUCAGGAAAGAACAAGUAGCAUUACUCGAAGACAGCUUCACUGAGCACAACAUCCUCAACUCGAAACAAAAGCAAGAUUUAGCAAGUCGGCUAAACAUUCAACCGAGACAAGUGGAAGUCUGGUUCCAGAACAGACGAGCAAGGACCAAGUUGAAGCAAACAGAGGGGGAAUGCCAAUCUUUGAAGAAGUGGUGCGAGAAGCUCCGCGAGGAGAAUCAGAAGCUGAGGGAGGAGAUAGAGGAGCUGAGGAGCAGAAACGCCACUCAUGAAUCGCCGAUCCACAUGCAGAUGCCGGCGCUGAACAUGUGCCCGUCAUGCCGACGGCGGAGGGCGGCGGAAUUCAUCGGCAGCGGCGGCGGCGGUGGCGGUAGAAGCAAUAGUGUGAAGAAGGGACAGAACAACUGGAGUCUCUACAUAACGGGCCAGUAAUAUGUUGUCUGAAAUAAUAUGUAUAUAUUUUUUUUGUCUUAAAAAUAUGUUAGAAAUAAU